AUGGAUAAUGGUAAUGAUGAUGAUUUGGAGUAUGGGUCGUGGAUGAAGGGCGCUAGACUUCCAACAACGGGUUAUGAUAAAUACCGCACUGAUUUUUUGAAAGCCAAUGCUUGGCCUUUUGUUACCCGACUUGCACGCAAAGCUCUUGUUUCAUCCAUUCCUCAAUUGGUUUCAAGAUCGCAGCCCCAACCGUCUACUCUCUACCAAGGUGAAUCUUCUACUGUUGAUCCUAACCCAAGAAGUUUAGCCAACAAUAUUGUGUCUUCCCCUAUGCCACUGCUUUCCUCUCACACGCCUAUCACUGCUGGUUUCCCCUUUGGUAUCCCUGCCAGUUCUGCUUUCAACUCCCCCAUCCCGACUGUUACUCAAACUGUGUCCUCACCAACCGUACAAGCUUUUACACAUCCAUCCCCAAAUACUCUCUGCAACUUGCACUCCCCUCCACUAUUUUCCAACAGCAGCCUUUUACCAUCUCACCCUCCUCUUUCGGUUACAACUAGCCUUCCUAUGAGUCAGCCUAUGCAUCCGAACCAUGAUUUUAAAGGUAAGCAAAAAUUAUUACCUGAUGAUCAUCAGAAAUCACUCAAUGUGCCCAAGUCCUCUGCCACUAAAACUCAAGUUUCGGCUAGUAUACCUGUCACAGACCUCACUCACAUUUAUGUGCCCGAUGUCCACUCUUCCACUUUUGCAACCUAUCCACCAGUUCUCACCCCUAUCACCAUGAACUCUCACUCCCAUUCAACCUCUCUCACCUUGCCUAUGCAACACAAUACCACUCACUUUUCCACUAAUAUUACUUCUGCAAAAGAAAACCAGCCGCCACAUUCCACUUUUAAAAGGGCCAAUGACUCUUUGUCUAUGCGGAAAUUACUCAAGCGAUGUCGUAAUACUCAAGGUUCAUCUUCUUCUCCUUUGUCACGAGAUGAUGAUAUUGAGACUCUAGUUUCUGAUUUUGAAGAUUCUAGCUUCUCCACUGACUCCAUUGCGGAGGUUGCGAGGCAACCCCGCAACUCAUCAUGA